UUUCAUACUUCAUACGAAGGAAUCAUCCUUUUUUUCUAUGUAUUUGGUUGUUAAACAAUUGUCUGUUAGGAACAAAAAAUAAAAGCAUUAAGUCCCGGCCUCUACUCGUUCGUUGUCUCCCUGACACUCGCUAUAAAUACCACCCUCCCUCUUACGUUUUACAUUCAAUACAGGCUCUGAGCUUUCUCUCUUUCUCACUCACUCACUCACUUUGCUUGUUUGUGUGUUCGUACGUUUCUAUCUUUUCGUCCGCAUGGCUGUGGAAAAGCCGAACCACACGCAAACGGUACCAGGGUGGGCGGCUUAUGAUUCCUCUGGCAAGAUCGCCCCUUACAUCUUCAAACGAAGGGAGAAUGGCGUGAACGAUGUGACCAUUAAAGUUUUGUACUGUGGGAUCUGCCACACUGAUCUCCAUCACGUUAAGAACGACUGGGGCAUAACCAUGUAUCCCGUUGUUCCUGGGCAUGAAAUUACUGGGGUGAUCACCAAGGUGGGAAGCAAUGUCAAGAAUUUCAAAGUAGGAGACAGGGUAGGGGUUGGGUGUUUGGCAGCAUCCUGUUUGGAAUGUGAGUUCUGCAAAAGCUCGCAGGAGAACUACUGUGAUCAGAUCCAGUUCACCUACAACGGCAUUUUCUGGGACGGUAGCAUUACUUAUGGUGGAUAUUCCAAAAUGUUAGUCGCAGAUCACAGGUACGUGGUCCAUGUGCCAGAUAACCUGCCAAUGGAUGCAGCAGCGCCGCUGUUGUGUGCCGGGAUCACCGUCUUUAGCCCCAUGAAAGAUAGCCAGCUACUCGAGUCACCAGGGAAAAUGGUGGGAAUAGUUGGUCUAGGCGGUCUUGGUCAUGUUGCUGUCAAAAUGGCAAAGGCAUUUGGUCAUCACGUAACCGUCAUCAGCACCUCUCCAUCAAAAGAAAAGGAGGCUAGACAGCGUUUGGGCGCAGAUGGUUUCAUAGUUAGCACGAAUGAAGAACAAAUGCUGAGAGGUAAGAGAACGCUAGAUGUUAUCUUGGACACAGUUUCAGCCAAACACUCACUAGGACCGAUUUUGGAACUACUCAAAGUAAAUGGGACUUUAGUGGUUGUGGGGGCACCAGACAGGCCAAUGGAUCUUCCUUCUUUUCCAUUAAUAUUUGGGAAGAGAGCAGUGAAGGGGAGCAUGACAGGCGGCAUGAAAGAGACCCAAGAAAUGAUGGAUGUGUGUGGCAAGCACAACAUCACAUGCGAUGUAGAGCUCAUCGAGCCAGAUCAAAUCAAUGAAGCCCUGGAUCGCCUUGCGAGAAACGAUGUUAGAUACCGUUUUGUAAUCGACAUUGCUGGAAGGUCUAAGCUUUAGAGAUUCAGGAUCACUGGUUUUCCUACCUCUUCCUUUGGCAAGCGACACCUACAAUUGCCAAUCACCACCAGCUGUUUAAUGCUCAUCUUCACGAAAUGCUUGCUUUGUAACGUUUAGUAGUAUUAUAAUUUCUUUGUUUGCUUUUAGUAUUAUUCGGGCAAACUAGAAGAAUCUAUCCCUGUAAAAUCAGGCUUGAGCAUUUUGGCAUGCUAUGCAGAGUCCAACCGAUGAGCUGAAAUGAACAGGGCAACCCACCAGAAACAACCCUACGCAUUUCAAGGCUUAGAUUUGAACUCGGACUGUCCUCUAGGGCUUCUCCAAUCUUACUCACGCAGUUCAUUAUUUAUACAUGUACAAGAACAAAAGCUAAAAAAACCCGCCAUUUCCCACACCAUCAUGCCUUUUGGCCUAUCAAUGACCAAGCUACAAAAGAAUCCACUUGGAAUAAUUAAUCAAACUUCUUGAAUAUGAUAUCAAUUUGACAUUUUUCUUUGAGAAAUUAAAUCCUCUGUCUUAAUUAUUUUUCAAUAAAAAAAAUAAAUCAAACGUCAUUUAUUAAUAAUAGUGCCUACUUUUCCACCACAAAUCAUUUGCAGGUCCUUUCAAGG